AUGGCAUCUCUUGUGGGUCUCUUUUGCUCUUGUUCUCUAGUAUUUCUAGCGUCCAUGAAUGGUUUGGUUGAUUCAGCAAGGGUGUUCAAAGUUGGUGAUGGGUUGGGGUGGCAAGAGCCUGAAGACAACAACACUGCAAUGUACAACCAAUGGGCUGAAAGGAACAGAUUUCAAGUUGGAGAUUCUCUCUUAUUUGAGUACAAAAAUGACUCAGUUAUUGAAGUGGAUAAAUGGGGUUACUACCACUGCAACGCCAGCAAAUCUAUUGUUGUCUUCAACAAUGGGAGGAGCAUUUUGAAUCUUGACAGGCCAGGACCUUUCUACUUUAUUAGCGGAGCCCCCAAUCACUGCAAAAAUGGCCAACGUUUGAUUGUGGAAGUGAUGGGUCUGCACCACCAAAGAUCAUAUUCUCCACCACCGAUUGCAACUCCACCUUAUUCUUUUCAGCUGGCACCAUCAUCACAGACAAGUUCAGGAGCAGCAGUCUUUGUGAGACUUGUUUCAGUCUUAGUGGUAGCUGUUGGAAUGUUUGUCUGA